CCGCUGCAGACGCGGCUCGGCAAGGACGUGCCUUUCCAACGUCGGAUGUCAACUAACAAAGUCCCCGGGCCACCUGGGUCCACAACUAUCUACUACCUGCUGGUCGGAGUCACCGUGGGCACUGGAGGCUAUUACACUUACAAGGCAGUUACAUCAGAGCAAGCCAAGCACACAGAACAUGUAACACAUUUUAAAGAAAAAACAAAAGCAGAGUUACAGCCACUUCAAGGUGAGAAAGAGAGUGUCGCAGACGCCGAGAAAGCCAGCCCCGAAGCUCUGGUCGGCCCUCCGGCUUUGAAAGCAGAGGUGGCGGCUGCUGCAGACCUCCCAGGGGCAGCAGCGGGGGUCACAGAAGAGGCCUCGGCCCCAGCCACUGGAGAGACCGCGGAGGUCACGGAUGCAACUCGGGAGGAAGCUGGGGGCCUCAGCAACCAGCCCGGUACCAGGGAGAGCCAGAGCCCUCAGGAACCCACCGGGCUAGGAGAUUCUGUCCGGGAACCUGAUCCCCCUGCUGGGCCGGAUGCACAGCAAGAAGCUGAUGGUUCUGGUUCAGAGGCCACCUCGCCUCAAGGCUGAUCCGCAGCUGGUACCGGUACCGGUUCAAUGAAAAUGCCAGGGGGUGUCUCACAGCGCUUUUGUAUUUUUAGUCAUCUUAGUUUUAAUUUUUUUUUGAUACCAGCAAUCGAACUCAUGACCUUGCGCUUGCAAGGCAGGCGCAGUGCCACUGAGCGAAAUCCCUGGCAGAUCUUAGUUCUUAAAAAAGACUUCCUAGCUGGGGAUUUAGCUCAGUGGUUCCGCUGCUUGCCUUGGAAGCACUAUAACUUGAGUUUAAUC